CUUCCAUCCAAUCUAGACGUCUUUUUUCACUCCGUUGUUUUCUGUCAUUUAUACAAUCGUAACUAUGUGGUAAUUUUAUUUUUAUUGUAAAGAAAAAAAUAUGCACAGAGACUAUUGUGUAACAAAUCAGUGUUAGAAAACAGAAGACGUUAAAGUUGUGUUGUUUAAUAUAUAUAACUCUCGAAGGAAUGGAGCUAACGAAAGUAACAAAAUACUUAUGAAAAAAUAAUAAGGCAUAGAUCGCCUCGUAACAGGUCCAUGUAAGGUGAUCCGGUGGCGGGGUUCGGUGGUAAGGUGGCGCGGUGGCACGGUGCAAUGGAUACGUUGCAUGUGGGGCACGGGCACAGCAAGGGAUCGAGUAGGAGUCAGUCGCCCUCCGCGGCUGAUUUACGCGACCCUGCUGUGGUGACGGAUGACGUCAUUCGGUCAAGGGUACAGUCGCCGUCCACAGCACACCAUGAGUCAUCGCGUCACGGGGAGAGCAGGGCGCACCAUGUCAAGUCUCAUUCCAGAGAUCUCGGCAGCAGCCCGCUCUCCAGUAACACCACGGCGAAUAGUUCUAGAGACUUAGAAGAUUCACCCCAAAAGAAGAAUAUGUCGAAUAUUUUGGCGCCCGGUGAUUACGCGUAUGCGGUUUGCAGUCCGAACGUCUCCUAUGCAUUGUCGUCGGCCGACGAAUACGGCUCGCCGGCUUAUAGAGGUCAAGAUGGAGAUUAUAUCAAUCAAGGCGACGAAAUGGACGGGGGCGCGAACGUGACGUCAGCGAAGGCGCAGGCCGCGAUCGCACACCUCAACAGUAAGAUCGAACGGACCAAGGACCUCAUACGUCUCGAACAGACCAUUAGAGACGAUAACGUUAAUGAGUACCUGAAGUUAGCAGCUAACGCUGACAAACAGCAGCUGCAGCGCAUCAAAGCGGUGUUCGAGAAGAAGAACCAGAAAAGUGCACUAUGCAUCGUCCAGCUGCAGAAAAAGCUUGACGGUUAUAACAAGAGGAUUAAGAACUGGGAGCAACACGGAACAAGUGGACAAUCACACAGGCAACCUCGAGAAGUUUUACGGGAUAUGGGACAAGGCCUCAAGAACGUGGGCGGGAACAUCCGCGACGGCAUCACGGGGCUGGGCGGCAGCGUCAUGUCGGCGCCGCGCGAGUUCGCGCACCUGUUCUCGCGCUCCAACCGCUUCGGCUCCGCCGACAACAUCGCGCAGCUCGCCGAGAACACGGGCCCUUCCCCACAACACGCGGAACUGAGAGCGAACGCGUCGUCGGAAGGCUCGCGCGCGUCGGAGGCGGGCGAGGCGCGCGGGGAGGGCCGCGGCUCCACGCUGCCGCGCGCCGCCACCGCCAGCGCCGCCUCGCCCGCGCACAAGUACUCGCCCGACGCCUCGCCCUCCUCCUCCGUCACCAGCGAGGGCGCGCCGUAUCCAACGCAACCUGGGUCGAAUAACAUGUCCGAAGCUACCUUCAGUAUCAAGCCCAUACUGAAUGAGCUCCGGGAACGGCGGGAGGACUACGAGCGGUUAGCGGAAAAAUUAGAUUCCAUAAAGAAUUUAUCGCAGGACGUGUCUUUCUUAUCAGCUGCGUUACAAGAGGAACGCUUUAAGACUGAGCGACUGGAGGAACAAAUUAAUGAUCUCACUGAACUGCACCAGAAUGAGGUAGAAAAUUUAAAACAAGCACUCACGGACGUCGAGGAGAAAGUACAGUACCAGAGCGAAGAACGAAUACGAGAUAUACACGAGGCGCUCGAUCUGUGUCAAACUAAAAUCAGCAAGCUGGAGCAGUGGGCGGCGGGCGGCGGCGGCGCGGGCGGCGCGGGGGGCGCGGGCGGCGAGGCGGGCGGGGCGGCCGCGCUGCCGCCGCGUCUGCUGCUCGUCAAGCUGCUCAACGUGGCCAUCACGCUGCUGCAGCUGGCGCUGCUGCUGGUGGCCACCGUGGCCGGCGUCGCCAUGCCCUUCCUGCGCACCAGGGUGCGAGUCCUUACAACAAGUUUAGCCGUAAUGGUCGGUGUUAUGGUCUUGAAGCAGUGGCCCGAAGUCACCCAGCUAUCAGAGCACCUGGUCCGACGCCUCAAGGAGUACCUCCUAGACAAGCACCACGACAGGUAUGAAUGCAAGUCAUUGUGUGGUUGAUAUUGUAUCGGCGUUUUUUUCGGAGAUUCGGUGAUAUUGCAAUUUUGUCCUGAUUCGUUAUUGAGUAAAAUAUAAAGGUAUUGAUUAUGGAACUAAAUGUUUUAAAAAUAUAUUUUAACCUUUUAAGUGGGACAAGAUAAAUAAGUAUUCAUAAACGUAUAUGUGAUUAUAUUGGAGGUGAAUUAUUAAAAUAUACUCCAUUACAAACGCAACAUACUUUUUUAUUUUAUUUAAGAUAUAUGUGAUGAAAAUAAAUGUACUGACUGUGAUUUUAUUUUUAAUUAUAAUGUAUUAUGAUUUAUAAUGUUUCUGUAACACAAUAGUGUUUUUGGUUAGAAAAAUAUUCUUAUUUAUCUUGUUUCAUAGAUGAGUUUAUACAAUUAUGAAGUUGCCUUACAGACAUAUUGUACGAUGGAUGGUAAAUAACGGUCUAGACUUAGUUUUAUUAUUAAAUAAUCUAAUAAUAUCUUUCAUAUAAAUUUUUAUGAAACAUUGUAUCCCUCGUACCUAUUAUUAGUUUGAACAGUGUUGCAAUUGCAAUAAUUAAAAAUUUAUGAACAAUGUUUAGAACGGGCUGGAUCCCCAAAAUAACUAGUGAUUUAUUUUAAUGUGGAUUUUCAGUUCUUAAGUAAAUUGAUGAAUUGUAAAAAUAAAUGAUCGCACAUUCAGAAAUGUUUUAAUUUUUUUUUAUUUAAAGACGUUGGCCAUCUGCCAAACUUUUUUAAAAAUAUGUGUAAUUUCUCUGCCAUUCUAAAAGUGCGACAUAUCCUAUAAAUAGUUAAAAAAUGUCCGACUUUUAAAAUUAGCGAAAUUUUUAAUAACGAUUCUUACUCAUAGAUGUUUAGCUUUUUUUUAUUAAAAAACGUACCUCUAUGUAAAGGCUGAUCGAAAAGUUAGUUAAAAUAAACUCGAAUCGAUUUAAAAUAGCGAAAUGUGACAAGUAAAUAAGGUGAUGGAGUUUCUUUUAUUUGCAAUUAUGUAAUUUUUGUAUUAUAUAAUGUAAUUAUUGCUCGGUUGCCAUUGCGUUAGAGUUUUAGCUGUUUAUAAUUAUUGUAAAAAUAUUUUUUCAAUAAAAAAUAGUUUUAGUAAAGCGAGUGAAUUGGUAAUGAAAUGAAUAUUUAUUUAAUUUAAAAUUCAAUAAUGGUAUUUGUAAUAGGAAAAUUAGAAUUUUGAAUAUUCGGUCCUUUAUAAAAUGGGAAUUACUUAAUUUCAAUUGUUAAAUUAUAAAUUGGUAUUGUUCCUUUUCAUAUAAUAAUUUAAGUUGUGUUUGUAUCAACUGCUUUUAUUGAUGUUAAAGAAUCAGUGAAAAUUCUAGUGAUGUUAAUGCGUUGAGACACGAUUUUAAUAAGUGACGAGUUUAAUGAUUUCACAUAUUUUGUUAUUGUAACACUCGCCCCAUGUGCUUCGUCGAAAAUAAAUGAAUAAUUAAAUUUUUAUCGUUUUAUAGUGAGAUUUUUCGUAAAUUAUAUUUUUAUACGUUAAUAAAAUGUAUAGUUUAGCAAAAUACGCUAUGAAAUCAUUACUCUAGCUUUGAUAUUCAAACUACUAUUUAGAAAAAUCUUUUCUAAUUAUAUUGAUAUUUGUAAACAUUCCAAAUUACUUACUGAUCGAAUAGUUUAAUCGGAUUAACCUAAAUUAUUCUAGAACUAGACUUAAUACCCGGUUUUUAUCCUCCACCUUCUUAAUGUAAAAAUACUAUCUCUGAUUUUGUUAAUCUGUAUAUUGUGUAAAUACGUUUUUUUUUUAUUCUGGGCUGUAAUCAUUUCGUCUCUACUUUUAUUUCGUGUUUGAUUCUGCUGUAAACGAUAGGCAAGUUUGUGUAUCGUAUUGUCAAUGCUGUAAAAAUGUUUUGUAUAGAAAGCAAUAUGUGAAAUGUGUGUAUUUUAUUUUUCACGGAGAUUUUUGUUGCGAAUGAACCAUUUCACUAUUCCAAGCGUUACUUUUGUUAUCAAUAUUUAUUUAGUAUUGAUAUGUAAACAAUUUCAUUUUCUUUUGCCGGCUACGGAUUGAAUUAAAUCAUCACAAUUUUAU